UGCUUUAUUGGUGCUGAUUCAGUUUGGCAAGGAUUGUUCUCGAAGUUAGGAAAUUUUGCCGGUCGACAACUCUCGAGUUUAAUAUUCUGUUUAAAUUUUUAGAGGUGUUAUUUCUUAAGCAAACGAUAUCAAGAUGAUGGGAGCACAGCAGCCGAUCAUUGUUCUUAACCAGAACGUGAAGCGAGAACAAGGGCGAAAGGUCCAAAUUGAUAAUAUCAAUGCUGGAAAGCGCAUCGCUGAAGUCGUCCGCACCUGUCUAGGACCUCGUGCUAUGCUCAAGAUGCUGAUGGACCCCAUGGGCGGAAUAUGUCUCACAAAUGAUGGCAACGCUAUUCUUCGCGAGAUAACCGUGCAACAUCCGGCUGCAAAAUCAUUGAUUGAAAUUGCGCGAACACAGGAUGAAGAAGUUGGCGAUGGGACUACGUCUGUCAUCAUCCUCGCUGGCGAAACUCUCGCCAUCGCUCAGCCUUUUCUCUCCCAAAAUCUCCAUCCAACCGUUAUUAUCCGCGCUUACCGCUCCGCUCUGGAAGAUAUGAUUAAUGUUCUACAAGACACCAUAGCCAUUACAAUCGACUUAAACAAUGAAGUCCAAGUCCGUGAAGUUAUCAAAGCGUGUAUUGGGACAAAAUUCAUGUCUCAAUGGUCCGACUUGGCGGUUAAUAUCGCAGAUGCUGCCGUGAAAACCGUGUACAUCAAAGAAAGCGGAAGAAAAGAGAUUGACAUUAAGCGAUAUGCCAAGGUGGAGAAAAUUCCGGGUGGAAGGAUUGAAGAUUCUUAUGUUCUAAAAGGAAUCAUGCUGAAUAAAGAUGUGACUCAUCAGAAGAUGAAAAGGAAGAUUGAGAAACCCAGAAUAUUGUUGUUGGAUUGUUCACUCGAGUAUAAAAAAGGCGAGAGCAUGACCAAUGUGGAGAUGAUGAAGGAGGAGGAUUUUACCAAAAUGUUACAGCAAGAGGAAGAAUUUGUAGGGAAAAUGUGCGAGGAGAUUGCGUCUGUGAAGCCAGACUUGGUCAUUACUGAGAAGGGGGUGUCCGAUUUGGCCCAACACUUUUUGGUUAAGGCUGGAAUAACUGUUAUUCGCCGGGUUAAGAAAUCCGAUAACAAUCGAAUCGCUCGUGCAACCGGAAGUACGAUUGUAAAUCGUACAGAUGAGUUGAGAGAGGAAGACAUUGGGACUAAAUGUGGCUUGUUUGAAGUUAAGAAGAUUGGAGACGAGUAUUUCACCUUCUUGUCUGAAUGUGAGGAUCCGAAAGCGUGUACGAUUGUGUUGAGAGGUGCAAGCAGAGAUAUUUUGAAGGAGGUUGAACGAAAUCUCCAAGACGCAAUGUCCGUCGCACGUAACAUCUACCUCAACCCCAAGGUCGUUGGAGGGGGAGGAGCUGUCGAGAUGGCCGUGUCUCACAUCCUGACCGAAAAAUCCAAAAGCAUGACCGGUGUGGAACAAUGGCCAUACCGAGCCGUAGUCCAAGCUCUCGAAGUAAUUCCAAGAACUUUGGCACAAAACUGUGGUGCGAAUGUGAUUCGGACCCUGACUACGUUGAGGGCUAAACACGCUGCUGGAGGAUUGACUUGGGGGAUUAACGGAGAGAGCGGUGAUAUUGUGGACAUGAACGAGUUGAAAAUCUGGGAGCCUUUGGAGGUCAAGUUGCAAGUUUACAAGACAGCCGUGGAGACGGGAAUCCUCCUCUUGAGGAUUGACGACGUCGUGAGUGGGAGCAAAAAGAAGGAUAAAGAAACAGGUGGUGGAGCCCCUCAGGCUAGUGAGCAAGCCAUGGAAUGAUCGAGGGCUUAAUUUAGGAUUGCUAAUUUUUUUCUACUUACCUGUUUUCCAAUUAUUCAUAAAUAAUGCAAAUUAAUUCAUAACUUGAUAAUUUCUUUACUCUGUUGCAACCACCCGGUUUAUACUUGAAGUGAGUUAGUUAUGUGCUGUGCGAAUGGAGCUAAACUCACGAGAAACCCUAGUCUCAGCACAAGGUACUUCAGGAGGCCGUAGGUUUAAGCUCCACCCGCACAGUACAUAACUCGUUCACUUUAUGUAUAGUAUUUAAUUAAGGGUAGUAAUGUGUAUUACGUAAUAUAAUCUCACCACACCAUACAGUGUAUUGUAUUUGUACGAUGCAUUUUCUACAGCAUAAUAAAUCUGGAUUCAAUUAACACAUUA